AUGGCCACGAUAACUCAGAGUAUCACCAAGUAUGAGCGCUUACUCAGUAAUGAAAACAAGCUGUAUCCAACUAUAUCACCUUUGAUCACAACCACGGAGAUCGAAGAAGAUGGGAAUACCAAUACACCAGUCAAGGCCGAGCCGUUACCCGAUAUCCCACUACCUCCGCCAUCAAAGGUUCCUACAGAAGUCCUAAGCAUCGAUAAGAAUACGCCGGACCAUCAUGUACCACGAGAUCCACGACUGAUUAGACUGACUGGCGUGCAUCCUUUUAAUGUUGAACCGCCGCUGACAGCCCUCUUUAAUGAAGGGUUUUUGACACCUCCCGAGCUAUUUUAUGUUCGGAACCACGGCCCAGUGCCUGAAGUGCGCGACGAGGACAUUCCGUCGUGGGACAUCAGUAUAGAAGGGCUAGUUGAAAACCCCAUCGUUUUAAGUUUCAAACAGGUCCUAUCAGAAUUUGAUCAAAUUACUGCUCCUGUCACUAUGGUUUGCGCUGGGAACAGGCGCAAGGAGCAGAACCAAGUUCGGAAAUCCAAGGGAUUCUCCUGGGGCGCUGCCGGUGUUUCCACUGCGCUCUUCACGGGUCCAAUGAUGGCUGAUAUUAUAAAACGAGCGAAACCUUUGAGAAAAGCAAAGUUUGUUUGUAUGGAAGGGGCUGAUAAACUGCCAAACGGAUAUUAUGGAACGUCGGUCAAACUGAACUGGGUUCUGGACGUUAACCGAGGAAUUAUGCUGGCUCAUAAAAUGAACGGCGAGAGUCUUACUCCGGAUCAUGGCCGCCCAUUGCGAGCGGUAGUGCCUGGACAGAUCGGCGGACGAAGUGUGAAGUGGCUGAAAAAACUGAUUAUCACCGACAAGCCGAGUGAUAAUUGGUAUCAUAUUUAUGACAAUCGAGUUUUACCAACGAUGAUCACUCCUGAACAAUCGGCCCAGGAGCCUAAAUGGUGGACCGAUGACCGAUACGCUAUAUAUGAUUUAAAUGUGAAUUCAGCCGCUGCAUAUCCACAACAUGAUGAAGAACUACGUUUGUCUACCGCUGGUGCUACAUACCCAGUUAGAGGUUAUGCCUAUGGUGGAGGUGGAAGACGCAUCAAUCAAGUAGAGAUUUCACUAGACAAAGGCCGAUCCUGGCGACUGGCAAACAUAGACUACCCGGAAGAUAAAUAUCGUAAUUUCGAAUCAAAUUUAUUUGGCGGCCGGGUAGACAUGUAUUGGCGCGAGGCAUCUUUCUGCUGGUGUUUCUGGAACCUCGACAUUGCUAUCGCCGAUUUGAAGGAGAGUGACGCAAUAUUGAUUCGAGCUAUGGAUGAAUCUCUCAAUAUCCAACCGCGAGACAUGUAUUGGUCUGUUCUGGGAAUGAUGAAUAAUCCCUGGUUCAGGGUUGCAAUCAUCAAAGAAGGAGAUGAUGUGCUUCGGUUUGAGCACCCAACGCAGCCCGCUCUUAUGCCCGGUGGCUGGAUGGAGCGGGUUAAAAAGGCCGGAGGAGACCUGGCAAAUGGCAACUGGGGUGAAAAACCGAGUGAUGAUGUUGACUCUGCGGCCGAAAAUCAAAAGCCUACUGAAGAAAUUUCCAUGAAGAAAGAAGGCAUCAACCGAAGCAUCAGCAUCGAGGAACUAAAGGCCCACGAUUUGCCUACAGAGCCCUGGUUUGUCGUGAAUGGAGAGGUUUAUGAUGGGACGAAGUUCUUGGAGGGCCAUCCUGGUGGUGCCCAAAGCAUCAUAUCAGCAGCUGCCACAGAUGCAUCAGAAGAAUUUCUUGCUAUUCACAGUGAAACGGCCAAAGCGAUGAUGCCCGACUACCACAUUGGGACUCUUGAUGAGAAAGCCAGGGAAUUUUUAAAAAAUGACUCGCAAAAUUCUUCUACUUCGCAAAGCCCAGAUGAGAAAUUCCUUCAACCAAAAGUGUGGAAGAAGGCUGAGCUGUGCGUGAAAAAGUCGGUUUCAUGGGACACUCGCAUCUUCACAUUCAAACUGGAACACGAGUCUCAGAGCCUUGGUCUUCCUACAGGCCAGCAUUUGAUGGUGAAACUGAAAGACGCCUCUUCCGAAUCCAUUAUCCGCUCAUACACCCCUAUCUCGCAAACAAAUCAAAUAGGCACUCUUGAUAUACUUAUCAAGAUCUAUUUCCAAACCGAGACCUCCAAAGGUGGCAAGAUGACCAUGGCCCUUGACAAACUGGCUAUUGGCGACAAAGUCGACAUUAAAGGACCAAUUGGAAAGUUGACCUACGUUGGCAACGGCCGCGUCCUAUUGAACGACAAAGAGCGAAUCGUGAAGUCAUUCCGCAUGAUUUGCGGCGGAAGUGGCAUCACACCUAUUUUCCAAGUCCUGCGAGGAGUGAUCCAGGACCCCACAGACCCAACAGAAUGCGUCGUUCUCGAUGGUAAUAGACUGGAAGAGGACAUUUUAUGUCGAGAGGAGCUCGACGCAUUUACCUCUACGGGAGACCCGCGCUGCAAAAUUGUGCAUACCUUGACAAAACCUUCCAAGGAUUGGAAGGGCUUGACAGGUCGUAUAUCAGAGGACCUGCUCAAACAAUACGCAGCACCGAGUGAACAGAGCUUGGCGCUGAUUUGCGGACCACCGGCGAUGGAGAGUUCUGCAAAGCAGAUUCUGUUGGCACAGGGAUGGGAUGAAAAUGAUCUCGUCUUCUUUUAA